GCGCUCACUGGGCUCAUCUGAAUAGCUCUGUUAGCCAAACCUGGACAAAUCUCGAAACACUUUCAGUUUUCAAACCACUAACUUUAAUUAUAUUGAAUUCAUGUAGCCUACAGAACUCAGAUCAUGUAGAUUAUUCAACAAACCCGCACAAAAAAGCUGAAAGAUGACCGAGAGAAAGUGUCCCGCAGGACUCGGAGAGGGCGCUCCUCUGCAUCCCUGGUAUAAGGAAAGAUUACGUACCAAGUGUCUGAAGGAUCCAGUGAAGAAGCAGCAGCUGAGCGGGGCUCUGGAUGGCCGAGGUUGGCGCUUUCUGCACCCGGGUCAGGAUGAUUUCAGAGACGGAUACCCGGCGCUCCGGGGCGAGGCCCUCACUCAGCCUCAGCGCGGGACGGGUCCUCCAGUACUGGGGCUGGUUAGCCGGGCCCGUCCGGCCACAUCACCGAAAAAACGCUUCACCAAAGAGCAGGCCUGCUUCUCCAAACUGAACUGCCUGCGACAGGCCCGGCGCCAGUACGUGGAGGCGGUGGAGCAGAAGCUCAGCGCUCACCCACUCGCCCUGUACCCUCAUUUAACAAGCGGCCUGCAGCCUGAGCUGAUUAAUGACGUACUGUCUGUUCUGGACCCGGAGAUGCAUGUCAAAAGGGAGUCAGACCAUUCCUGUUUUGGGAAAGAAGAGGAAUGUAGUGAAGUGAGUGGGGGGAAAUGUGAAGGCCCAACCCAAGAGCCUUCAAUGGAGGAGACAACCAAAACAUCUGCAGGCACAAAACCUCUGAUGGAGGGAGUAAAAGGCUUCGAUUCUAGGAAUUCUUAUAAAUGGCAGGAAGCUAAGGACACCCGUGCCAAAGAGGACCAGAUGGUAAGCGACAAAUUCCUCCACUCCCCCUCUCAAGAUGAAGACAUCAAGAAAGUGACCAAGCUCUUCUGUGACUGGGUCGCUUCGCUGGGUGGUGAGACCCACAGUUUGACAGAGUCCACUAUUCUGAACCUGUUCUUUAGUGGCUAUGAGAAGAAGCCUGCUUUAAUGUUCCCUAUUCAAGUGCUGGGACCCAACCAAAUACCAGAGGAGCUCCGCACCACUGUAGAAUGCCUGUGCAAAGAUUACUCACACAGUGCACAGCUGAAGGACUCAGAGUUGAACAAGAUCUGUACACCCAAUGUAAAGACCACAUAUGGCGCAUGGUAUUUAGAUCCAAAAACAUGGAAGAAGCGGCCUGCUAACAAGCCACUAAGAGACCCUUCAGUGUCCAAGGACCUGGAGCAUGAGCAGCAGCCCACAGAGAAGGAUGAACAACUAAAGCAGAUUCAUGGAACCCAAGCCUUCAGGCAGUUUAUCAUCAGUAAGGGACUGAGAAUGCCCAGGUUUCUCAACUCACUCUUCUUGGAGGAGGAGCAGGAGAACAGGACCACAGGGACGGACACAGUAGCCUCAGCUUCUAUGCACAAGGGGACAGCCAUGCUUUAAAUACAUCUCAGCCCUUAUUCCUGUGUGGUACAGCUGAGCUGUACUCUAAAUUAAGAAUUAUUAAAGGACAACUGCAACUACUCAAGUUUCAAUGAGUUUACAGUGGC